AUGGACCCGACGCCUGUGAGCCCCGCAGGACAUCGCAACAGAGUGCUCGACUAUGGCCCACACGGGCAGUUUCGACACGACACGCACCAUCCCACAGCUCGAAUGGCACUCCCGGAACCUCUUCACAGCAAUCGCAGUAUUGGCGCACCAACUACGAGCUUCCGGUCAAAGAUGGCCAAUGCAGCAUCACUCGAUCCUCGUCUUCGCGAUCGCCACGCAAGUCACAGUAUCGCACAAGCCUCCUCUGGCCCUGCACGCGAUCCAACAGCUUCCUCGGUUACUAUGAGGAAGCGCGCGGCAAUGUCCUCAACUCAGCCAGAGCAAGUGCCAAACAAGCGUGCCAAGCUCACUGCGCCAAUGCAGCAAACGUCAACAAACUGCACGCUCGGCUUGGCUGGAGAUGACGAAGACGACGAGGAGCCGACGCAAGAGGAGAUUAAAAGCGAGUUCAUUGCAACCAGCGCGGCCCUUCAGGGUCUCCGGACUUCGAGCACUCCUCGAGUCAAGACGGAGCCUCAAUCGGUGAAGUCAGAACUUGACGCAGACGAGCCAAGCGUCAAAGUUGAAGAGCUGGGCACCUCAACGCAGAACGCAAUAUCGGUCGAUGAUGAUGUCAUUGGGACACAGGCACGCACAAUAUCGCAACAGCCGCAUGAAGUCAUCGACAUGACCAGCGAUGAUGAAGGCAGACCAGUCAAGGCCGAGCGAGGCAUCAAGCUCGAGUCCGUGACCAAUGCAGGAGCUGGUGUCCCAGACAAUGCAGGCAGUAUGGAUACGGUGCACAAUCGUCCUGCUGGGUCUGAAAAGGAUCGCAAGGAAGCCAGGAGGGAAUUGGAACUUAAGGCGUACAGGCUAGAAAUGCGCAAGAACAAAGCCCAGUAUGACUUCGAGAUGAAAGAUAUUGAAUUGCAGCAGGAGAUGCUGAGGGCCGAUGCUGAAGAGGAGGAAGAGGACGUCAAGCUGGAGUAG